AUGGUCUACUCCUUUGAUCGUGCAAUCGUAGUGUCUUUUGCGUCAUUUGGUGCGCCUUUGGUUGGGAUUAUGUCGGAGAAACUUUUCGGUUUUGACGCAAAAGGACUUGAUAAUAUUAAAGACUCUGGUCCUGAGGCAGAGGCAUUGUCCAAAGGGAUCAUGUGGAUGAUGGCUGUCCCAUUUGGACUGUGUUGUCUUUGUUACACACCGUUACAUUUUAUCUUCCGAAAAGAUAGGAAAAUCGCUAUAACUCCUAGUUCAAUGGAAGUAGAGAUAGCAUGA